GGCACUGUCUUCGUCAAACUUGCGGUUGUGAGCAACUGCUGAAUUUUCCGGCCAUGGAAAAUUGCUUGGUUGGAAGUCAUGGCAUGGCUGUUCAGCCUGUUUGUAAGAAAUUGAAGAGGUCAUUUCACUGCUGCUCAAAGUUCCACAAACCCAAGCUUCGCACCUCACGGAACCAUCAAAUUUCAUUGAGGAAGCUAAUGGUUUAGUUGUUGAAAGGAAUAUCUAUGACUUUUUCGAGUUCUCACCCGGGUUUAAGCAGUAGGGCUUCCUGUGAAUAUCAAUUACCGGAAAUGUAGCUGAUGUGAAGCAGCAGGAAGAAUUGCGAGAGAAAAAACAGAGUUCUUGUUUGGUCCAUCCUAAAAGAAUGGAGAAGCAUACACUUGUUUGGUUGCCUAGACGCCGAUGCAAAUCCUUAUGCGUUGAAGGUUACGUAUAGGUUCGGAAUGUCCAAACAAAAAGACAACAAACCCCAAAAGUAAACGAAUUACAGACAGAUUUCAGUUGGGUCAAACCCAAAACCAUUGAGUUUUGAACCAAUUUUAGUUUCGACGACUUUGCGAGGAAAUUGGAAGUUCUCAGACCGUUCCCUGAGGUCGAGGAUAUGGAAUUUGGACCAGGCGAAGAGACUUGUGCUGGGACCAAGGGGACUAGGAUUCUCCAAUUUUGGGUGCUGUGGGUCUCCACGGAGCCGCCUCCUUCUGAACCUGCCAUAUCCUGUGAAAAUUCGUUAGCCUCUGAAAGAAAGCCCCACCUUUGUUCUUUUCUUCUUCCUAUUGCUAUUUAAGAAUAUUGCUGUUGAAAUAUAGACCCUUUUCUUCGUCAACUCAACAUCUACAUAAUUCUUCAGUUUGGAUUGUUUGAGUGUUGGAGUGGCCCUAAUACUUUUCAUGCCUGCUUUCUAUAUUUGUAAUUCGCGCAAAGAACUUCUGGAUGCUGAUGAUAGCAAACAAAAGAGGCUGAGCUUAAUUUCCAUCUAGGUGUGUAGAGAGCCUGGAAGACUCAUUGUCAUGUUUAAAAUGGAAAAGCACGUCCAGCGCCAAGAUUCCAAUCUGCAGUUUAACAAGAACGUUCCAGGCUGCUUCUGGAGCAUAUUCCAUACUAUUGACUACCAUGGCUGGCAUAACGUUAAGAAGAUGCUUCCUCACAGAAAGCAUUCAAGAAGCAAGGAAUGUCCAAAAUCAACUCUGAACAGUCACCAUGCCUCUGAAAUGCCAGAACAAAUUGAUGAUGUAAACAAGUCUCCAACGUGCACAGUAGAGAGUUGUUCUAUUGACAGAAAAACUAGAGUGGCCCAUGUAAAUGAAGUGAUAACUAAGUUGUCGGAGGAAGAAAGCCAAAAAUUCUGGAAGUUGAGUUCUUCAAAACGAAGGUUGAGUCGAACACAAUCUAUACAUCAUUUAGAGCCUUCACAUUAUUCUCCAGGAUAUAACGGUGAAAAGGGAGACGGUCAGAAAACUACAUCUGGAAUUAGGAGUAAUUCUCUGGAUGCCGUGGAUUCUCAGGACUACUUAAACCAGAGAAAGACGGCUGUACGAUUCACAUCACUUGCUGAAAAAUCUAGUGGAGUAAAGAAAACCUUAGAAACUAAUGAGAUCAACAGAAACAUCUCCAACCGCUCAUUUAAGGAAGACUCUCACAUCCAAGAGAUAUUUAAGGCAAAUAGAAAACUAUUUGCUGAAUUGUUACAAGGUGCACACAAUAAGAACACUCAGCAAACCUCACAAAAUAAGAAGUCCUCGGCAAGUCUAGCGAAAUCAAGGUCCUUUCCUGCUCCCGGUUUAGCACGGAAAGGAUACAAAAAGCUUAGCUCACUUCAACACAAGCAGAUUGAGGCUUUUCCAAAAGUACAAAAAUCUGUUUCUCUACAACCAUCAAAGCUGGUCGGAUCUGCAUCUCCCAAAAAUUUUCAUGAAGAUAUGAUGCCUUGUGACUCUGUUAGUACUACAAACCAUAACAUAAAACACCAAGCCACUUCUUCUUUGGGAUCAAAUCGUGGACAAAGGCAUGGGGGGUGGAAUCAGUUGGUCGUAAAGCGUUUCAAUUUUAUUAGGCAGAAAAUAAGGCACUCAUUUAAGGAGAGGAAGAAGGGAAAUAACCAGAAAACAUCUAAAGGAAUUUCAGCCAGAGAUCCCUCUGGACAUGAACUUUCUCUUUACGGAGAAGAGGCACAUGAAAGUUUAGGAACUGCUACAAGCGAAGAUGGCUCAGGCAUUAGAGGAUACAGUGGGACGAGUAAUUCUACGAAUGAUUAUCUCAGUGAUGAAGGUCAAACCAAGACAGGAAUUCAUUCAUUAAGUGCUUCUCGGGAAAUAUAUCCUCAACUUUCUGUUGGCUCAGGCAGUAUAGGAUGCAGUGUGGCUGAUAUUUCCGAGAACGAAAAUGUCAAUAGUAGAGUUCAAACUGAGACAGGAACUGCUUCAUUAAGUGCUUCUCUGGAAAAAUAUUCCCAACUGUCUGUGUACAGUUUUGAUAAAAAUAGAGAGGCAAAGGGUUACCACUCAAAAAGUCUAAGGCUUAUAAGUGAAGAAAAGAUCCCAAAUUUAGAGAUGCCUCAAAAACGCUUUGGAAGGAAUCUUUCUUCGCCUGAUAUUGAUCUCUUUUGUACAUUAUUUACUGACCUUCCUCAUGCCGUUUCUCGCACAGAAAAACCAAAGAGGGGCUUGACACAUUCAAGUACGGAUAAUAAUAUUCAAAUAGAUGAGAAUCCAACCCAUCUAUUAAACGCACAUAUUUCUGAACCAUUGGAUAGUGAUUCACAGUGUAUGAUAGAAAGAGGAGAUGACAACAUGCAUGUUGAUUAUUCAGGCAGUUUAAACGAGAUCACAAUUGAUGAGGGAACUGCUUGGGCAGAUAUGCUCGAGGAGAAAAUACCUCACCUAGAUAUUUCAGAUGGUAAACACCAUCAAGUGUUGGGUAAUGAACUCAUAGUCAAAGAUGUAAGCGACACUGUCAAUCAAGGCAGCGAGCUUUCACUCGCCAUGCAAGUCUUAAAACUUGAAGCUUGUUUUCAAGAUGAUGAAACUUCAAAACUCUCCGACUCUGAAGGUGCUAUAAUAAAUCCUCAGUGUACAAAUGAACCUGAACCUGAACCUUCGGAUGACCAACAUAACGAGACCAGUACAGAAGCUUUACCAGCUUUUGAAACUACUGUCAAACAUGAUAUAAUUGAUGACACUGAAAAGAUUUCUAACUACCUCUAUCUGCAUUCCGAACUUGGUAGAAUCGAUAAUGCCAACUUCAACUAUAUGAGGCAUAUUCUUCAGCUGUCCAGCUUUAUCGAAAGUGGUCGCACAAUAGACCGACCUCUUAACUCUUCAAUAUUUGAAGGAGAGGAGGCUCACUUCUACAAAAAACUCGAAUGCUAUUGGGAGAAGGUUGACAAAGAUUCUGAUCACCAGCUUCUGCUUGAUUUAGUUUAUGAAACAUUGCACAGCAUAUAUGAAAAAUCAUUCACUUGUUUCCUCAAAACCUUCUCCUCAAGGAGCCAAAUUCGUCCAUUGCCACUUGGGCAAUACCUUCUUGAGGACGUCAGAGAAAAAGUUUCCUGGUACCUGAGCUUGGGACCAGAAUUAGACCAAUCUUUAGAUGAUGUUGUGUCGCGAGAUCUAAGAAAAGGUAAUGAAUGGAUGAAUCUUCAAUCUGAAACAGAGAUUAUAGCACUCGAGUUGGAGGAUUUGAUUCUUGAUGAGCUUUUAGAUGAAGUUAUGAGUUUAUAGGAUUUUAUUGGUUAGAUGUUGUUGAUAUACUGUACAGUGGCAAUUUCCAAAUCUGUGUACAUAAGUUCUGGUUGCAGAAAGUAUACAUUAGAGAAUUUAGAUGCAGUCGUAGUUUUGUUUUCCUUUUUGACUCUCCUAAGGAGGGGAGAGAGGGGCUAGAUUGUGAAGAUUUUUUAUUGUAUGUAAGUACACAUCUGUUAUCUAUACUUAGAAUGAUCUUGUUCCGACGUGUAAAAACAACUACGACAUAAUGAAAUUCUUAUUAUCUAUAGUUUGAGCU